GGCGGGUUUUCGAGUUCUCUGUAGUGAGAUGAUAUCCUUGUGUUGACAGCGUCCAUUUAGUUACUAAACUAGAUAUGUCUGUACUGAGCGACACUUUGCAUGCUGCAAAUGGGAACGAAGAAACAGUAUCGAAAGUAGAUAUGUGUCCUCGCAGGCUUUCAAGAGUUUCGCGCUUGAGGGAUAUGUUCCAAACUGGUGUUGUAAAGCCAAUCGACGAUACUGAAGAUGGAUUUGAUGUAGAAAGUUCAGUGUUUUCAGCAUACACCUGUCCUGAUUUUGAAAGGUUUUCGAGGUUGGUUCUAUGGUUUUUCAGACUACUUGAUGAAUGUUCUUGUGAGAUGAGUUGUUGGAUAUUUUGUCCUAAAAGCUUUUGAUACGGUUCAUUGUAUCACUUGUCAGUAUAAGCGGUAGGCUAGCUACUAUUUAUUCGCUCGUGGGUCUUGGUUUGUUUGUGCGGGUCGUAUAAAACUAAAUAAUUAGGUGGAUCAUGUGUGGGUUUGCAGUAAAAAGUCGUAUUAGUACGCAAAUUUCCUUCUCCACUAUUGUGAACACAAUGCGCUCCUUUUCGGACAGUCUGUUUGACUUUAUUGUCUAAUAUUCAUCUGAUAUCAGCGCCCACUAUUGUAUUAUACUUCAGUAGUGUGGUGUAUACUGUGGAUGUACUGUUCUAACUUCUCUAAGAACUGCAAUAUUUUCCCGAACUUCCACUGUUAUACAAGUUAUAGAAGUAGCGUUAAACUCCCCAGUUAAAAUUCACUCUCCAUAAUAAGUCCUAAAAGACUAAACGUGAAGAUCAAAGGCUGUUGACCAACAGAGAGGGGACACUAUACCACUCUUUAACCUUAUCUGUAUUGGAAUUCUUAGUCUCUCACUCAAUUUAAUUUAGUGGUGACGGUUAAAAAGUUUAUACACGCUUCGUAAAUAAUUUCAAUGAUGUAAAUUCACUCUCCUGACUUCAUUUUACUCGCUUGAUGUAUAAGGUAUAUGGUUUCUUUACUUAGUCUUCACUGAAUAUCCUAUAAAAGCCUUUCCGGGGUCCCCACCUAUGAGAACUCUGCGCAAUCAUCGAAUUAGUCUAAACAAGAAUGAAUCGACUCAACAUAAUGUUACGUCAUCCAGAUCAGUUGAUGGAGGUUUCUCUAUACCGGAAUCACUUUCUCCCCUUAAAUCUCCACCCACAAGACCUCCUAAGCCUCGUCAUAUAUCUCUAUCGAAACCUGCCGUUCUUGAAGAGGUGAAACUAAAACCGAUUUCUUCAAAAAUCGCUACCGAAAAUGCAUCUUGUAAUAGCGUUACAGAACCGGUGGACAUUUCCAACCAUUCGAUUACUAGCGUUGGUAAUAGCAUAGAUAAUCAACCAUCGACAGUCAAAGUAAAUGGAAGUUCGUUAAAUUCAACUACCAUUCGAAAUUCAACUCCUGUAACUAUUAUCAAAGCAGGACCGCAACAAACAUCCAAAGAUCCCGUUGAAUGUUUUUCUUAUGCUUCCAUAACUCCUUUCUAUUCGUCUAACAAGAUUGAGAAGGCGACUGAAAAUGAUGUAAAUAAUGCUAUAAAUAAUAAUGCUCAUCGCCAAUCCUACGAAACAGCCAUUCAACCCUCCGAAGAUUUAAAUUCACAAUCAACCCAUUCCAUAUGCGAUUCUUCUGUUGAUCAUCAAUGUACAAUAUCAAAUUCUUCGGAUGUCCAGGAUUUUGUUAUUCGACCUGAAGCAUUUCACAAGUCUCUAUUUCCUGAAAUUGUAUAUAAAGAUAACAUUGAUGAUCUUCCUGUACUACAACAUGCUGAACCUGUUGCAGUAAAUGCUGAAGAUGAUGAUGAUGGCUUAGAUGAAAAUAUUGACAAUACUGAAAACUCUUUUGAAAUUGUUAUUAGUUCAUCUCAGUGUAAUACAUCAUUUAAUCCACUGAUCACUUUACCUGUUCCGAAAGGAUUGAAUGUUGUGGCUGUUGAUGACGAUGGAGUUCAUAUUUUUGAAGACGGUAACUUUCUGUACGCUCUUCCUGGCUUAACUGAUAAGUAUUCAGAUGAUUCAGAUUUUUAUGACUCACGUGAGGAUGUUACCAAUAUUUCCGACUUAAUAUCUCCUUCAUAUACUGCUGAACAAGUAAACGAUGAAGAAAAUGUUAAAACAAAUAUGGACAAAAUCCUUUCAGUAUCUUCAUCAUCUAAUUCACCAAAAUCAAUAACUACAAGGAAAUUAGUCAAUAAACGUUCAGGUAGCAGUGAUAGUCUAGUCAAACAACCGAGAGUUCGAUUUAGUUCUGAACCAAUCUUGGUGUUCAGUACUCAUUCCACUACAGAUUAUAAUCGUAGAAAUGAAGAAAUAGAUCCAUUGUCUGCUUCAGCAGAAUAUGAAUUAGAAAAACAUCUUGAAGAUAUGGAUAUGUUUGAAAUCGAUUUCCGUAAAGGUGUAAAUGGUCUCGGUAUUAGCAUAGUUGGUUCCGGUGUUGAUACUUCAUCUGGUGAACAGAAAUUAAGCAUAUUCAUUAAAUCAUUUACUCCUGGAGGUGCUGCAGAGGCUGAUGGUCGUAUUCAAGUGUACGAUCAAAUUGUUCAAGUAGAUGGCCAUAGUUUGGUUGGUGUCUCUCAACAAUUCGCAGCUCAAGUACUCCAAAAUACUGGGGAAAUCAUUCAUUUUGUUCUCGCCAGAGAAAAAGAUCCACCCAACUCUCGCAUAGCAAAGAUAUUGACAGAAAAACAACAAGAGGAGGACGAAGAGAAUAAUAAGGAAGGAGAGGAAAAGGCGGUUGAGAAAGAGUCAAAGUUGAAUAAUAAUUCAUCUGAUAAAUAUCAAGAGGUUGUGUCUACUCAGACCGAUAAUCCUGUAAACUUAUCAGGCGGUGAUUCUACCGAAGCUUUACAUAAUUUGAUUGCUGUAGCUACACGAUCAUUGAAAGAAGCUAAACAAUGGAACAAGGAUGAUGAUGCGGAAGAGGAGGAGGACGAGGAUGUGAUAGCUGUUGAUGAAAGUAGUGUAGAUUAUGAUAUGGAAUAUCUUAGUGUUAAUAAUAAUGAUACAAACGAUUCAUCACCUGUAAACAGUCUUUUUCAACAGUUUAGAAAAUCUUCAAAUGGUAGUGAUAAUGUAAAAUCAUUAAAUGGUUAUUCCACUGGCUUAAAUUAUCAACAAUCUAGCCCUCGAUCAGCAUUAAAAGGUACAGCAACUGCAGCAUCGACUCGUCGACGUAACGAAGCUAUCAUGGAGUAUAUUCGUCAAGCUGUACUUAUCCAAGAUAAUGUAUAUUUACCAACUGAUCUAAUUAAUAAAGAUGACUACACUAAUAAAAGUCAGAAUUCAGAUAUAGCUACAGACUGUGUUAGUACAGUGUCUUGGGCACUAGCCAGUGAAUUGCAUGAUCAUAGAAUUCAGCUACGAAAAUUCCAAUCACGUAUUCGAAAUCUAGAACAACGUUUGACUGCUCAAGAAGCUGCAGCGGAUGAAGCGAUAGAAAGACUUUGUCUACGUUGUCGUCAUUUGGAAUUAGAGCUUAAACAAUCGCAACAAAAAUGUUCACAACUAAUCAUGUCACCAAAACAGCAGAAUAUCCCAAACUCUAAUAACUACUCUCCUGGAGCUAAUAACUUAUGUAAUCCAAUAUAUCAUUCAGUAAGUACAUACAAUGUAUAAAUUACUUAUUAUAAAUUUAUACUGUCCCUCUACACUGCCGACUCCCUAUAGUUUAACAAUGUUGAAUAAUUCCAUAUUUGUUAACAAAUUGAGUACCUAUGGCUUCUAAUUAGCAAUGAGUUUAUUACAUCAUAGUUGUAUAAAGAUUAAUUUGAUGCGAAACAGAUUAUAUUUGGGGAGGAUAACAUCUUUUUUGUGAAUUUUCUUUUGAGUCAUAACUUCAUUGCUGCAGAUGUCGGAUAAUAAGUUUAUAAUUGAUAUUUUGAAAUUAUUUCCUUUUCUAUACCUGCUUUGAAUUUCUUACCUUGCUGCAUAUCACUUCCUUAAGCCUUUUUUAUUUCUUACCUAAUCUAUUUUGAGGAUAGCGACACUUUGUUUUGAUCACAUGACUCUUAGGUUUCAUGUAAACACUAUGUAACACUAUAUAACAUAAUUUGAUAUCUCCCCACUAAAUAAUAAUAUCAAAACUGAUCUGACCAACCUCAUGAAAGCGGCACGUUUUCUGUAAUCAAAUAAGUUAUAAUUAUGUCUGUUUAAAGCAACUCGUGACUAUUGAACGGGUAUGGGAGCAGUGGAUUCCAGUAAAGUGGUUGAAAGUAGAUCUAUUCUUCUUUUGACAGCACUAGGAAUGUAGUAUUUUACCCUUCAUGUCAGCAUCGGUAAAAUUCAGAUUAAAUUCUGUUAAUUAUAUGUUUUCCAGCCUAGUGUUGUUUUUCGUUUUCUUGUAACCAUUUUUCUCUUUUAUCCCACUCUCAUACUUGGGCUAAUUCAAAACUCGCCGGUUUUUUACGAAUAACUUUCUUAUUACCAUAUGGUAAGUGCUUCAUCUAUUUCUCACUCACAUCAUCUUCCCUAUUUUCCACCCACCCCUUAUAUAUUACCGUUCAUAACUAAUUACUGAGUAAAACUAUGUUCAUUUUUAAGGUGAAUCGUUGUUUCCCCAUUGAUUCUAUUAAUAAUUUAUAUGAUUUGUUUUAUGUUGGCAUUUUUUACUUUUAUCUUGUAGACUAUUGUAAUUAUUAUAUCAGUAAAUAAUAUUCGUAAAUCUUAUUUUUGCCUUUAAGUGAUAGUUGCUGACCUGAUGAGGUAGUCCUUAGCAUAAAUAUUAAUGAUUAUCACCUCAAGUUCUACAAAAGUUGUACAUGGUUACUACUAAGUUAAAUAGUUGAACUGUUUUGUGAUUCCCAUUUUUGUCAUAUAUUCACUAAUAUCACUUGAUCGUGUUAAAAAAUAUGGUAUUAUCGUACUGUUUUUGUGACUGUAUAGUUGAUGACCUUAUUGCUAGAACUGUCUAUAAUGUCAACUAUUAUAAAAUCAUUUAUUCGAAACUGACUUCAUCUAAUCUAGUUUAGAUAGCCUAGUCUAGGUACAUACAACUUUUGUUAUCCAAAAUUGAAUAUAUAAAGAAUUUGAUGAAUUGGUUUCUUAUACACUAUUUACUUGAACUACAUUUAGCAAUCAUAAUCUAUCACAUUAGCCUUGGUAUUUAUAAUGUUUUGAAAUAAGAGUGUUGUUUACGUAAGAAACUCACCACUGUGUUUUUAAGAAUACAUUUAGUGAUGGAUGUAAUUCUCUCCACUUUCAAAUAUUAUUAUCAUCAUUAUUAUUGGCAUUCAGUCAAUUUCUCUCGUUACCUGUUUCCUUCUUAUUGUAUAUAUUCUCAUUCAGAGAAAAAAAAUUUAUACCGUUUAUCUCUAUCAUAUUAACUUCAUUACGUAUAUUAUCGUUAGAUAUCGUCUUUUAUCAUUAAACUUUUAAAUUGACCUAUAUUUAACUGAUAUAAUUUUAAUUAUGAUGAAUUGUGCAGAAUAAUUAUCUGUGACUUGUAUAUUACCCUUUGUUAAAGUUGUUUAUAUCCUGAUUUUAAAAUUCAAAUCUCUUUGUUUUUCUUAUUCAUUCCAAGUCACUGUUGAAUGCCUCAACGUACAAAGAUGAUGAUGGAGUGGUGGUGUCUAGAGAAAAUCCUGUUGAAUUUAGCUAACUUCCAAAAAAUCAAAUUGCAUGUGAUUUUAUGUUUGUUCGCUUGAGUUUCGUUUUUUUGUUCAUUCGUUAAUUACCAAUUAUUGUUUAUUUGUCCUUUCGACAUUGAAAAAUUUUUUUACUGAGAAAUACAAGAACAUGUCUUUAACUGCAAGCAAACAAAUCAAAAAGUGUGUGUGUGUGGGGGGGGUAAUACAUAAGAUACAUUGUUGACUAAAAGACUGUCAAGUUAUUUUUUACUGCAGAAAAAACAUCCAUCAAUUUUUCGAUGUUUCUUUACUCCCACUCUUUGUUUAUCCUAGUUUUUGUCUAUGAAUUGUGCGUAAUUUUCUUUAUUCAGUUUAAUCCCACCAAGUUCACUAUAUAUAUAGUGUUGAUGAAAUGUGGAUGACUGACUAUCCAUCGUUGUUAUGCUUAACGCUGAUUAACAUUUAAUUGAUUUUACUGUACAUAAAGCAUCUUCUUUCUUAAACAUAUAUAAAUACUGCAUGCCCACAACUCUUUUUUCUUGUAAGAAAAUCAAAGAAUAAUUUAUCAAUGCUUCUUUAGCCAUGUGAAUAUUGAUACUUACAAUAAGGCUAUUGUUUACCUUGAAAUAAAUUUAGUACGAUCAACAGGUCUCUCAAUCUGUAUUCCCCUUACUCAAAUCCCUGAAAAAUACAAUUCAUAUACAUUCGUAGGUAGAUUUCAUCAAUUAACAUUAAUUGUUUUGAUUACUGUUUUAUUAAACUUGUCUACUUUCUGAUUUUACUGUAGACAAUUACAUCUAGAUUUAGUGACUAAUUUAUAAUUCAUACCCAAUUAUGUCUAUUUUUCUUUAAAAAAAAAUUCUUUUUUUUCCCAAUUUUUGUUUUUUCAAGUAUGUGAUGUAUGUCUGUCCAUUUUUAAAUUCACUCUAUGUUUUUGUUCUCCGCCUUGUUAAUUCCAAUCAUUAUAGUUAUCAUUACAAUUAUUAUUACUACAUUUAUUGUUAUGAAUAUUAGUAUUAUUACUAUUAGUAGCAUUGUUAUUCAUCAAUGUGCCUUGUAACCUGUAAACAAUUAUAUAAAUAAAUACUUGUUCCAACUG